AUGGAUACGCAGGAGAUUCAGGCAGUGCAUGCCGUGCUGCAUUUGAUAUCACAUCGCAACAAGAAUCAGCACCAGCGGGCAAAAUGGUGGAAGUGGCUGGCGCGGUUAAAGCGCACUGCUAUUGAUUUAGGAUCUCAGAACGCGAGUGUCGCGAUUCCCGCUUCUUACAAGCAGUAUCUUUCUGCGCAUUUGAUUCCGAGGUGUUAUUUGGCAUUCUCUACUGUCAUCGCCGAGAACCAGUUCUCGACACUGGGAAUCGUGCUGAUGGCGACUCUGUCCCGCUUUGCCAAGGCAACGGGGACAAGAUUGGAGGAGGAGACGCUGCAGCGACCGCGGGUGAAAAAACUUCAGCCGGCUCCGCCCACCGAGGACCGCGGGGAACGCGUGAGUCGCGCUGAUAUUGACACGGUGCCUUCGUUGGAGCCAAGACCGCAGGUGUCGCGGAAGAAGUCAGAGCAAUCAACCUCAGACAAAGACCCUGCCAUCAAAAAGUCGAAGAAGACCAAGCGAAAGAAGAACGCCAUCGAUGAUCUCUUCAGUGGUCUACUCUAG